UUCCUGUUACGAUGUCCGCGUCUGCUCAUGUAAUUACAUAUAUAGCGAAUCGAUCGACUUCAGUCUGCGUCUGCAUUGCGGACAGUGCGCACGCCAAAAUGAGUUUUAAAAAUAAAGUUGUGAUUGUGACCGGCGCCAGCUCCGGUAUUGGUGCUGCUACCGCAUUGAAAUUCUCAAAAGAAGGCGCUGCGGUCGUAAUGGUAGCUCGUGACGAGGCAAAACUCAAAGCUGUCAAGAAAAAAUGCGACGCCGAAGGUUGGCCUGCAUUCAUUAUCAAGGCCGACAUAUCUGAGGAGGAGGAAGCUGAAAGUGUUAUCGAAAAAACUGUAAAUGAAUUUGGCAAAAUAGACAUCUUAAUAAACAAUGCAGGUAUACUACGAUGUGGACGAAUAGUUGACGGAUCUAUCCUAGAAACAUACGACGAGGUUAUGAAUACAAACAUACGAGCUGUAGUAUAUCUCACAACAUAUGCAACACCACAUCUAAUAAAUAGUUCAGGGAAUAUUGUGAAUAUUUCUACUAUAGGAGGCGAGAGAGUUAUAUGUUCUGACUACAAUGCAUAUUGUGUUUCAAAGGCGGCCUUAACACAUUUCACACGUGCGGCCGCGAUGGAAUUAGGUGAACAUGGCGUAAGAGUGAAUACAGUAAGCCCUGGAAUUGUGAGAACUGACUUAUUAAAAAACGCGGGGUUCAAUACAGAUGAUGAUGAUAACUUUAUAUUCAAAACUGUUAUGAAUAAGUGGACUGAGCCAGAGGAAAUAGCUGAUUUAAUUCUUUACGUUGCCAGUGAUAAGGCCAAAAGUAUAACUGGCUCGAACUUUGUUAGUGAUAAUGGUAAUUUGUUAAUUUAAAAAGACAUUUGAGUAGUACAACGGGUUUAUGAGAUUUCACCCUCUCUUUCGUUUCAUGCUGGUUGAUGCGAGAGAGCAUGUAUGCUUACAGAACAUAGCCAUAUUAUGCUUACAUUUUGUGUAAUUAUUAUGAAUGACUUUUUUAGUUUUAGUUAUAAUAUUUCGAUAAAUCGAUAUUAUAGUUUAGUUACUAUUCCAGCCUGGAGGCAAACCAAAGAACUGAUUCUUACUAUAAGUGUUCCUGAAAUUUUUGUAAAUAAAAAACUAAAUAACUAA